AUGGCAAAACACGACAUGAGCCUUCUGAUUGGCAUUGUGCUGUCAUUGCUUUUCUUCAUCAUCACUGUGGUGUUCAAUGCACUAGCAGGACCAGGAAUAUACCCUUUCUUGCGGAGCACAGGCAACAUUUCAGAUGAGUUUACGACCCAGAUUACACCAUCAGGAUGGACCUUUUCCAUCUGGUCCGUCAUUUACGCCUUUCUGGCUUCAGUGUUGGCUUACGUCCUCUCCGGCCUUUGUAGGAAAAAUGCUUACGGCUACGUGUACUGCAGCCCUGCUAUUUUGCCACAUGGAUUUUUUUUUACUUGGUGCCUGAAUAUGGGAUUCAACGUUGGAUGGUUGUUUCUUUGGGACAGGAGUUUGAUGCCUGCUGCACUGGCCUUCCUCAUCCUGAUCGCCUUCACCAACUACGUCAUGAUAUUCUUCUCUUGCAAUGCCCUUCAUGUUUACGGAGCCUGGCUUAACAAAUACCACAGAGUGGACCUGUGGCUCCUCCGUGUGUUGAUACAGAAUGGUAUUGCCAUAUAUGCAACAUGGACAACCAUUGCAUCUUUAAUUAACCUGAAUAUUGUUUUGACCACUGAAGCAAACAUGUCCCAAAUGAAUGCUGCCAUUGUCUCACUCUCUAUUUUGACUGUGGCGUUGUUUGCUUGGUUCAUUCUGGAAAACUUUGUCCUUGACAAACACGUGCGGUACAUCCUCAUCACCUACCCUGUGGUGAUCUGGGCUCUGUCUGGAAACCUGGACAAAAACUAUGAUGCUACCUCACCCAAACGCAACGGCAUCUUCAUUGCUGUACUGUUGGCUUUAGCCUCUGUACUGUUUGUCAUACGGAUUGUUUUGGUGAUCUGGAAACACAUCAAACAGCCGCUCUACUCAGACGUCCAUCCUGGAGACAUGGAACCGAAGGAGAUUGCUGAGAAACAGAAAAAGAUAUUUCGCUGA